AAAACACGACCGCGCGCACCACCACCAUUUCUGCGAUUCGCGCACACGUCUCCACCCUCUCUCCCCGCCGCCGUCGCGACUCGCGAUCGCACGGUAAAAUCGCCGCCGGUGGGCACACCGCCGCCGCGAUGUCGCACGGCGACACCAUCCCGCUCCACUCCUCGUCCGCGCAGUCGGACAUGGACGAGAUCGAGAGCCUCAUCCACGCGGCGCCGCCCUCCGCGGCCGCGGUGCUCCCCGCGCGGCCGCCGUCGCCUCCGCGGGCCUCGAUCCCCGUCUCCAGCUCGCCCCCCCUGCUGCCUCCUCCGGUGGCCGGGUCCAAGCCGCAGCUCCCCCCGUUCUCCUCCUCCUCCUCCGUGGCGUCGUCGUCGUCUCCGCCGCUCCCCUCCUCCGUCUCGGUCGCCAUCGCCGGCGACGGGUUCGGCCCCCCGCCCAACACGCUCACCGAGCCCGUGUUGGACACCGUCAAGCGCGACCUCGCUCGCAUCGUCAGCAACCUCAAGCUCGUCGUCUUCCCAAACCCUUUCCGUGAGGACCCCGGGAAGGCGCUGCGCGACUGGGAUCUCUGGGGCCCUUUCUUCUUCAUCGUCUUCCUCGGCCUCACCCUCUCCUGGUCAGCCUCCGUCAAGAAGUCUGAAGUGUUUGCUGUUGCUUUUGCUGUACUAGCUGCUGGUGCUAUAAUUCUCACAUUGAAUGUGCUGCUCCUGGGUGGGCGCAUCAACUUCUUUCAGAGCCUGAGUCUUCUUGGAUACUGCCUGUUCCCUUUGGAUGUCGGAGCUUUGAUUUGCAUGCUGAAGGAUAAUGUACUACUGAAGAUCAUUGCAGUAGUGGUUACAUUGGCCUGGAGCUCCUGGGCAGCAUAUCCAUUCAUGAGUGCUGCUGUUAACCCAAGGAGAAAGGCGUUGGCACUAUAUCCUGUCUUCCUUAUGUACGUCUCUGUUGGGUUCCUCAUCAUCGCAAUAGAUUAAGGGCGGAAUAGUCGCUAUGCUACUAAUCCUGAGUUUUGUUUCCCGUUUGAGCAUCAUAAUUCAUACAGAAUUAGUUACACGUUCCUGUUGUCGUUGUUGCUGACUUUUAGUUCAGCUAUGAUUUUUUUUUCCUUUUCUAUAAGCAGAAGUCGUAAGGCUGUAGGGUACUACUCCAGUAGAAUGCAGUAGAAUAUAUAUAGUACAUAUAUUGUAAAGGCACAUUCAUCUUUUUGCACAAUCUAAAAUAAUUUGUAGACUGCUGAA